AUCCGGGGCUGGUUUAUUCUAAUAACGAAACGUCCAAACCCGGAAAAAAGUCAGGUCUUCUGUAAUCCGAUCACACAAACAAACAGACGAGAGAGUCGGAGGGUGGUGCACGCCGGCUUUGUUCAUGUACUCUGAUUGUAACAGUGAUUAAAACUUGAAAAUACCAUGCGCCAAGGCGUUUGCCAAACUCGGGUGUCUCCUCUCUGCUUCGGAGCCGUGCGGGGCGCUGGCUGUGGCGCACACUGACUCUCCACAGCGGUGAUAUGUGAUAGCAGCAGCAUGCCGUACAUGGACCGGCUGAACCGUGUAUGCGGCUUCCUGGACAUCGAGGAGAAGGAGAAUAGCUCCCGCUUCCAGAGACGAUACUUCAUCCUGGACACACAGGGAAAUGCUCUGCUGUGGUAUAUGGACAACCCUCAGAACCUGCCCAGCGGAGCAAGCUUUGUUGGCAGCCUGAAGCUAACCUACAUCUCUAAGGUGAGUGAAGCAACGGCGAAGCAAAAGCCGAAGACCGAGUUCUGCUUUGUCAUAAAUGCAGUUUCGCGGCGGUACUUCCUCCAAGCCAACGAUGUGACUGACAUGAGGGACUGGGUGGCUGCUCUCAACAAGGCCAGCAAGAUCACUGUUCCUAAGUCUGGCCCCUCUGAUACUCAGGUGGGGAAGAGACAGCAGGCCUACAAGACAGAGAUCAUCGGUGGCGUGGUGAUGCAGACUUCCAUCCAGAAUGAGAGCGAGGAGACAGAAGGGAGAGAGAGGAAAGGCCACAGGCCAGGCGUGCUGAGGUGCGGUUACUGUGUCAAACAGGGAAAUGUGAGGAAGAGCUGGAAGCGGAGGUUUUUCACCCUGGAUGACAAUGCAGUCAGCUACUACAAGUCUGAGAUGGAUAAGGAGCCUCUUCGAGCUAUUCCACUAAGGGACAUUCAGAAGGUCCACGAGUGUCUCGUCAAGUCAGGGGAUCUCCUGCUGAGAGACAACCUGUUUGAGAUCAUCACAAGCUCCCGAACCUUCUACAUUCAGACAGACUCUCCAGACGAGAUGCAUGGCUGGAUCAGGGACAUUGAGAUGAAGAUCCAGGACUUCAGAGGUCCCCCUAAGGGUUCCUCAUUUAAACGUGCAUCCUCUUGCUAUCGAAGUCACAACGCCUCCUCUGCGUCUCGAGGUCAACAGGGCGAUGAGCGCAGACCUGCGCUGGUCAAGUCCUGCUCCGUGGCCCCAGGAUGGCAGCCCUGGAUGCCCGUCCCACCGUGUGAGCCGUCCAUCCUGGGUGCAGAGGACGACGAUAGUGCUUUCAGCUCCGUGCCCACCUUGCCCUCUCUCUCCUCCUCCUCCACCUCCUCCUCCACCUCGUCUUCCUCCAACUCCCUCUCCACCCCGACCCCUUGCCCCACCGUGCCUCCAGCAGCUUCAAGCAGCGGGCUGGGGAUCCUCACGGCGUCCGGAGACAUGGCCAGCGAGCGUCGGAGGCACCGCUCGCAGCCUCAGCCUCACACCGGCUGCAGCUUCCCCUUUAGCCUGGACGACGACAGCAUCCGCACCACAGACGUCUAGUUCAGUGAAGUGGACUUAAGUGUUGGUACCUGCUUUAAAAUGAAUGUGACUGGUAAUAAUAGUAUUCCCUGCUAAUGAAGUGACACUGUGACCAUCUGCCUCAAUGCUAUGACAUGAUAUUGGGGCCCCCUGCUGGUCUUCUAGCUGUAUUGUAGACGAAGGCUGCACCCAGCUGGAAGGGGCGCGAGGGGCGCAGCGUUUGUUGUUGACGGGACUGUGAAGAAGUACGAUGGAGUGUUUUUAGUGCAACUUCCUCUGAAAACUUGAAUAAUAUCAUUAUUAAUUGUUCUUGCAGACAAAUGAUGGCACAUGCGUUCCACCUGUUGCACUUGUCUCCCACCAGAGAUGUAACUCUGUCAUCACAGACAUGUCUUCACCCCUGCUAGAAGUAUUCCCAAACAAGUGUUUAAAGACAUUUUAACACAUUCAUAUCCAUAAUUUUUAUAUUCCAGCUUAUAUUCACUAAAUACUUUAAAAUCAUUUUUAGUUUCUUUUGAGUCCAGCAGUGUUUUUCCCCUCUUUCUUCCUGAGAUGCACAGUUUGUAAAAAGCCACACACCAACUUACCUUCAUUAAUAAUUAACACGUAUUUUAUUACUAACAUCUAAUCAGGUGUGUGUGGGGGAAAGUAUCCUGUAGGUCUCGUAAAAAAGGUACAUGCACACGCAUGACUGACUGAGGGCUCCUCUGCUGUUGGUUCAGCUGGUGCAGACAGAGAACACGGAGUCAGCAGCAUCUUUUACGUGUUCGCACUAUGUUUCACACAGGAGGUUUUUAAUACUUGGCUUCAAGAUCAAUUGUCAGUAAACUGUGACUCCUUUGAACAGGGUACCAUAAUAAUACAGCCGUGUUUCAGUGGUACUCGUUAGUAGAAUGUACUGCCAGCAUCAAAGUACAGCUGAUCAGCUGGUUGACUGCUUUGUAAAUGUGAUUUUCUUACUGCAGCAUUAUGUGGGGAAAACGUGCCACUACUUCUGGUAAUUUAAUUGUAAUUCCGCACUUUGCUUUUCUCAUUUGUACUUGUGUUUUUUUUUUGUCACAGCUUUCACAGCAGAUAUUGCAGCUUCCUCUGAGAAGAUGCCUCAGAUACUUUGUGUUGUUACACCAGUAGUCUCAGGCCCUCUCGGGCUCACCUCAAGGCUUCAUUGAUGUGGUACCAUGUUCGUGUCUAUUUCCGUUUUCUGAAGCUGUGUGCACUCGUCUGCCUGCGUAUAAUGUUAAUUUUCUUUCUUGUACAUUAAAUGAUGCUUUUUA